CGCUGUUGACCAGUGUCAAUCAUAAUCGUUUUGUGAGUCCAUUCGACAAUUAUAUAGUGUGUAUACAAGUACAUAGUUUGAUCGUCCAUCGUCAACAACCGAAAACAUACAUUAAAAAAAAAAUGGCGUUCGUCAAGUCUGUCUUCUUGUUGGUGGUCGGCACCGUCGCCAGUCUGUCCAGAGCUAGUCCAAGCGUCGUGCCAGCUCCGUACGCCGUCUCGCCGUACGCGUAUGCCGGACCCUCGCCAUACUACGCCCCAGCACCGGCCGCGGCCCUACCGUACCCGUACCCGUACAAGGCGCCGUUUUACCCAGCAGCCCCCGCCGCCGUCAGAGCGGCUCCGCUGGCAGCCUACCCUGCACCGGCAUUUGGCAGGUUCGCUCCGGCACCGCUCGCAGCCGCGCCGGCCAUUGUCCGAGCCGCUCCGGCACCCCUGGCGGCCGCACCGGCUAUAGCGCCCGUGGUACCUGCCGCUGUGCCUCUGCCCGCCACCCGGGUGGACUUCGCCGAUGCCUAUCCGCAGUACCAGUACGCGUACACCGUACGGGACUCGCUGACCGGCGACGCCAAGGAUCAAGAGGAAGUGCGCGAUGGCGACGUAGUCAAAGGACGGUACAGCCUGAUUGAACCAGACGGCAGCCGCAGAACGGUCAGCUAUUACGCGGACGACGUCAACGGAUUCAACGCAGUAGUGCAGAAGGACGUGCCCGUAGCCGCGCCCGCCGUCGUUGUAUAAAAAACCAUCGCUACCAAAUUGCCCACGACAUACCGAUGAUUUCUUGUUGUACAUAUAGACCAAUUUUCCUCUUUACAAAUAUACUUAAAACCGUUUUUCCUUA